AUGGCAAGAACAGCAAGAAGACAACUCGAAGGUUGGAGAUUACCGGGGCUUUUAUUUUCCAAAGGCCCUUUUUGAGGGGCUUAUUUUUGGAGGGGCUUAUAAACGGAGGGAAGUUUGCGUUUCAAAAUCGGCUGGGCUUAUACUUGGAAGGAAAUUUGCGUCUCAAAAUCGAUUGGGCUAGCUUAUAGUUGAAAGGAAAUUUACGUCAGUAAUUUGCAGAAAGUUUUUACUGAAACUCGCCUUGAGGACGUAGACCUUUCUAAAACGUGGCCCUACAAAUACUUUGUCCAUAUGGACCGAGGAAAUCAAGGCCAAAAGUGAAGAGGAACCACGCAAACAGCAAUUAACUUUGACACUUUCUGACUACAAACACUUGGCAGACAUGAAAUAGUUCUUUGGCAAAUACAAAAAUUUAUAUGUUACUGUACCGUUUUUGCUUAUUUUGUAUUUGAGGGCACUUUCCAAGUACAAGCCCCCAGGGGCUUAUAUUCGGAGGGGCGAUUUAACGGAGGGUUUUUUGCGUUACGAGUUUGAGGGGCUUAUAUCUGGAGGGGCUUAUUUUCGGAACUUUACGGUAUUUGCGGAGCUGAACAACCCUAAACGUGCACUAUCGAUGACGAACUUAACAUCGAUGAAGGUAAGCAUGUUUUAGCUAUGUUUUUAAACUAGGAAUUAUUUUGAAUGAAUAAUAAAACAAUUAUUGAAUUCGGCUUUCGUAUAAUAUGAAGAAUUAUGGAGAUCGAGGAGGGUGUUAUCGAUAACACCACGAUAACACCUACCUCGAUCUCCAUAAUUCUUCAUAAGAUACUCAGCCUCAUUCAUAAUUGUUAAAUAAUUUGCAAAAAGUUCAACUUGUUGCUAAACAAAACCAUAGUCCCCUGAGAUCGGUAUUUUUCCAUCCGCUUUCCGCCGUCUGCAAGUAUCUGAUCCUCGUUUUAAGGAAUCCCCGGUUUCAACCUUACGGUUUGCAAUGAUACCUUUUUUUGUAAUUUAUGUCAUGUUCAUUCCCACGUUCUUUUUCGAACCUAAUAGCUUCUGCGCAACGUACUAGUUUUUACAUUCAGCGAAAUUCACUACUUUCAGACAUAAUUGUUUACCCUGGGUACCAGACCUUUUUCUCGCAUGCAGCGGGAAUUUUCGGUGUUGUUCGCGCGGGUCACUAUAAAGACUUGACAGAAACCGGAAACCGCGCUUGAAAACUCUCUGGCACCCAGGGUAAUAAUUGUUUUGCCCUCUCUAAGUUUUUGAAGGAAAUUAAAGACCGGCCUUUGUUCUAUUGGCAAGCAAGACACGGAACUCUUUCUGUUGGCCAGAACCUCUUUAGAACCUCUAAUCUGAUAGGUUCUUGUUGGCCCGAAGCUCUAUUGUUUCAGAGUUUGGGUUCAUUGUUAGUUUUGAUUGGGUUAGGGCUAUCUAUUGUUUUCUAAACCAAUCCUGUGAGCCGUACUUAGAGCUUCCGGCCCACCCAACUCUUUGCGCGAUGUUACACGCGUUGCGGGUAAUCAAAAUUAUAAUGGCAUUCAGUAAACAAGACUGUUCCCAGUCCCCUAUUUUUCGUAAGAUCGUUUUAAUAUAUCACAUUACCUUAAAAACCCUGUCGUAGUAAAGUCGACAGUAAACAGGCCAAAUAUCAAGUUAUGUGUUGGUGAUUAUGACUUCAAAGUGGAAAAAUCAACGAAACGAAAAGAAAAGAAAACGGGUUUGGCGGAGGAUGAUGACAGAAAAUCUAACCAGGACAAAUGCAGCGAACGCACAGAGAUCCAAUCCACCUCGAAAGAGCCGAAAGGAGACAAAACAUUAAACAAAAAACGGUAA